AUGAUUCAUGCCGUUGUGUUUGCAUUGUUCGCGUCGGCAGUGCUAUCAGCGAGAGAGCCGAAGCAAAUCAGUCUGGCGAACCAAGGGACGAUAUCGGGGAUGUACAUAUCGAGGUUUCGCACCAAGAGAGUGGCGGCAUACGUAGGCAUUCCUUACGCCCAGCCUCCAGUUGACUUCAGACGCUUCACACCGCCGGAGUACACAGACUUGCCACAAUGGGAGGGUGUGCGGAACGCGACGAUUUACGCGCCGGAUUGUAUGCAAAGCGAUCCCAAGAAAGAGGACGUGCAGAACCCUUUGAAUAAACACGACGAACUGUUUAUGAAGCUACUCGAAACGCAGAUGGAGGAGCCAAGGAAAAAGGAAUUUUCCGAGGAUUGCCUCUACCUGAACGUAUACGUGCCAGAUGGUAAAUUAAUUGUACAUAUCAAGUGGUUAUUAGGAUUGUUUCAG